AUUUAUUCGAUUUUCUUAGUAUUGGUGCGCAUUCGUCAUCAAGUCUAGUAGAAUGUUUAAUUGUGUUUAAUAUAAUGUAGUACGUGACUGUCGUUUUUGAUGUUGACUGUAUAAAAUCCAAGGGAACUAUGCGACGCAGCCUAAUGAUUCGCGUUACAAAAGCUUUAAUUUUGUCCUCGAAUUCAUCGGCGCUGUUUUUUUCAAAUUUGGCAUUUGUCCCGAAAUGUAAUCCAGUGUCUGACGAUGAGAUAAAACAACUGAAGGAACAUCUUGAAUCUUGUGGACGAUUGUGUGUUUUAACAGGAGCUGGAAUAUCGACAGAAUCUGGAAUUCCUGAUUAUAGAUCUGAGGAUGUUGGUCUUUUUGCAACAAGUAAUAGAAGACCGGUUUCCUAUCAAGAUUUUUGCAGGAGUGACAAAGUCAGAAGACGAUACUGGUCAAGAAAUUAUGUCGGUUGGCCUAGGUUUUCAAAAUUCGUUCCUAACGUUACGCACAAACUUUUGAGACACUUGGAGGACAACGGACGUGUUAAUUGUGUCAUUACUCAGAAUGUUGAUAACUUGCAUAGAAAAGCUGGGAGUCAAAAUGUCAUCGAACUUCAUGGCACUGCUUUUAAAGUUAUGUGUCUAGGUUGUGAUCAAGUGAUCAGUAGAUAUUAUUUUCAAGAGUUACUUGACAAACUUAAUCCUAAUUUUACGUCAAAUGACACGACAAUUCGACCCGAUGGUGAUGUGGAUUUAUCUCAGGAACAAGUAGACGAAUUCAUUGUUCCGCCAUGCGCCAAUUGUCAAGGAAUUCUAAAACCUGAAAUCGUCUUUUUCGGGGAUAAUGUCACGAGACAAGUGGUGAAUCAGGUGAAAAAUGAAGUGGAAUCUGCCGAUUCUCUUUUAGUUCUCGGGACAUCACUCACUACUUUUUCGGGUUAUAGAAUUGUUUUGCAAGCCGUAGAAGCAAAAAAGUCGAUUGCAAUCGUCAGCAUUGGCGAAACGAGAGCCGAUAAUCACGCUAAUGUUAAAAUUCAAGGAAGAUGCGGAGAGGUUCUUUCGAAAAUUUACGAAAAUCAACGGGAGAAUGUAAGUUAAUGAUGAUAAUAAUUAGUUUUCUAUUUAUAGCUAAACAAAAAUUUUAAAUUAACUACUUGUUUUAGAGUAGUUUAUUAAUUAAUUAAUAAUACAAUUUUAGUACUAAUUAUGUUACUAGAUAAAAUAUCUAUUAUACUAAUAAAAUUCUAUUCUUGUUGAAAUUUAUAUACAGAGUUGUGUAAAACUACGAAAUAAAUUUAAAAACGAAAUUUCCACUUCUCAAUUAACAUAAUUUAUUAAAAUUAUAUUUUUCCAUAUAACUCUUUGUGCAUUUUUACACUAUAUUCUAUUUUCUUAUUAAGGAAUCGUUGAGCAUAUUUUUCAUGGACGUUGACAAAAAUAAUAUUAAUCUAUAUUUUUCUCUCGGACUUGAUGCAAAAAGAUUACACAGAUCAUUUUUUUCAUGUCAACUACUUUAUCCUAUAUCACAUGUGCAGA